AUGCCGCGGGUGCCCGGCAGGCGCUGGUGCGAGCGGACGGUGCAGGUGACGGAGCAGGAGGAGGUGACGCCCCGGCGCGAGGCCGCGGUGCCCUGUCCCAGUUUGUACCAGUACAGCCUGGCCGGGUGGCGGCUGGACCGGGACCGCACGCGCCAGGGACACGGGGACCCCCCGGGGGACACCGAAACCGACCCCCCUGGGGACAGUGACACCCCCUGGGGCACCGGGGACCCCCCUGGGGACACCGGCACCGACCCCCCCCUCUGCUACAUCUACCGCCCCCCGGAGACACGGCCGGUGGUCCGGAGCCACACGGAGCGCGGCUGCUGUCCCGGCUGGAGCGGCCCCCGCUGCACCGAGGGCCCGGGCUCCCUGGGCCGCUGUUUCGGCACGUGGCAGUGCCAGGAUGGCCCCGGUGGCCACAACGGCAGCGCCAUGAGCCGCUCCGAGUGCUGCCGGCAGCCCUGGGGGCACAGCUGGCACCGCGGGGACACCGGGGACACGGGGCCCUGCCUGCCCUGCACCCGCCUACCCCUGGGGGGGGACGGGGGGUCCCCGCGCCACCGCAGCCCCCCGGCCACGUGCCAGGCCUGGGCCGGGACGCGGUUCCGCACCUUCGACGGGCGGCACUUCGGCUUCACCGGGACCUGCCGGUACAGCCUGGCCACGGCCACCGACGGCACCUGGGACGUCACCAUCGGCCUCGGCCACCCCCGGGUGCUGCACAUGACCUUCGGGACAGACACGGUGGUGGCCUGGGGACGGAACGUGUCGGUGAACGGGGUGGCAGUGCUGGAGGGACACCCCUACCUGCACAGAGGGCUCGGUGUCACCUGGCCGGGGGACUGGGUGGCCGUGGCCAGCAGCCUGGGCGUGCGGGUGGCCUGGGACGGGCACCUGGCGGUGACAGUGACGGUGGAGCCUGAGCUGCGGGGGGGCACCUGGGGGCUCUGCGGCACCUACACCGACGACCCCACGGACGACUUCGUGAGCCCCGAUGGGGACGUCGCUCCCUUUGCCGCCGCCUUUGGUAACUCCUGGAAGGUGCCGGCAGCUGGCACAGAGGUGGACCCCAGCGGGUUCUAUGCGGCGUGUCUGGCGCUGCUGUGCGGGGACGGGGACCCUGGACCCUCCUCACCCCCCAGCCCCCCGUCACCCCCCGACCUCCCGUCGCCCCCCGUCCCCCCGCCCCCCGCCGCCUGCGACACCUUCUCCGCGUACUCCCGGGAGUGCUCCCGCCGCCAGGUCCAUGUCCCCUGGCGCCGUCCCGGCUUCUGCGAGCGCCGCUGCGGCGCCGGGCAGCGCUUCUCGGACUGCGUGUCCCUGUGCCCGGUCACCUGUGUCACCGCGGGCAGCGCCGAGGAGGGGACGUGCCAGCGCCACUGCCACGGCGGCUGCGAGUGCGACCCGGGGCUGGCCCGGGACGGGGACCACUGUGUCCCCCCCGCCGCCUGCCCCUGCCACCACCGGCGACAGCGCUACGGGCCCGGCCAGAGCAUCCACCAGCGCUGCAACCGCUGCACGUGCGCGGGCGGGCGCUGGCUCUGUGAGCAGCAGCGGUGCCCGGCCGAGUGCGCGGUGCUGGGGGGGCGUCACUUCGUCACCUUCGACCGCCGCCGCUUCUCGCUGCCGGCCCCCUGCGCCCACACCCUGCUGGAGGACUUCGUGGGGAGGCGGCUGCUGAUCACGGCCGAGCACGAGCCCUGCGACAGCCCCUGGCCCCUCGGCUGUCCCCGCACCCUCACUGUCACCACCGGCCGCACCACGGCCCGUCUGCACGGCACAGGGGAGGUGACAGUGGCCGGGCGGGAGGUGACACUGCCCUUCUCCGGUGCCGGGCUGAGCAUCCGCCGCGCGUCCUCGGCCUUCCUGCACCUGCGCGUGCCCGACGCCCACCUGCUCUGGGGGCUGGGGACCCCCAACACCUACAUCACCCUCCAGCCCGCCAUGGCCGGCACGGUGCGGGGGCUCUGCGGGACCUUCACUGGGGACCAGCGGGACGAGUUCACGACGCCGGAGGGGGAUGUGGAGCAGGGAGUCGCCGCCUUCGCCAACGCCUUCCGUGCGGCCGGAGCCUGCCCGGCGCUGGGCCCCGGCAUUCCCGACCCCUGCCACGGCUUUCCCGGGAGCCGGGAGCGCGCCGAGGCCGCCUGCGCCGUGCUCAUGGGGCCGGCGUUCCAGCCGUGUCACCGCGCCGUGGAUCCGGAGCCGUUCCUGGAGCUGUGCCGCUGGGAUGUGUGUUCCUGCCGGGAGCAGGAGCCGGAGCGGUGCCUGUGCCCGGCACUGGGAGCCUACGGCCGGGAAUGCGCCCGGGAGGGGACAGAGCUGGAAUGGAGGAACCGGAGCCUCUGCGACGAGCCGUGCCCCGGGGGGCAGCAGUUCCAGGACUGUGGGGGUCCCUGCGGCCGUUCCUGCUCGGAGCCCCCCGGAGCCGGGGACUGUCCCCCACCGGACACCCUCUGUGUCCCCGGCUGCCGCUGCCCCCCGGGGCUGCUGCUGGCCCAGGGGGGCCAGUGCGUGCCCCCCGCCGCCUGCCCGUGCCCCCGCGGCGCCCGCCUGUACCCCCCCGGCGCCCGCCUGCACCGCGGCUGCCAGGCCUGUGUGUGCGCAGGGGGGUCGUGGCGCUGCACCCCCGCCCCGUGUCCCCCCGCCCCGCGCUGCCCCCCGGGGCUGCUCCACGCGCCGGGGUCGUGCCUGCGCCGCUGCGACCCCGCCGAGCCCGGCGGAACCUGCGGGGGCCCCGCCGACGGCUGCGUCUGCCCCCCCGGGACCCUCUUCCUGGACGGGCGCUGCGUGUCACCGGACGAGUGUCCCUGUCACCACGGCGGGCGGCUGUACCCCCCCAACGCCACCAUCGCCCGCGACUGCAACACCUGCGUGUGCCGGCGGCAGCGGUGGCACUGCGGGCGCGAGGAGUGCGCGGGGACGUGCGUGGCCACCGGGGACCCGCACUAUGUCACCUUCGACGGCCGCGCCUUCACCUUCGCGGGGGACUGCGAGUACCUGCUGGCCCGCGAGGCCACCGGGCUGUUCGCUGUCACCGCCGAGAACGUCCCCUGCGGGGCCACCGGCGUCACCUGCACCAAGUCCGUGGUGGUGGCCAUGGGCAACACCGUGGUGCACAUGCUGAGGGGGCGGGAGGUGACAGUGAACGGGGUGGCCGUGCGACCCCCCAAGGUGUUCGGGGGGUCGGGGCUGGCACUGCAGCGCGCGGGGCUCUUCCUGCUGCUCCUCACGCGCCUGGGCGUGGCCGUGCUCUGGGACGGAGGGACCCGCGUGUACGUGCGCGCGUCCCCGCGGCUCCGCGGGCGCCUGGCCGGGCUCUGCGGGAACUUCGACGGCGACGCCGAGAACGAUUUCGGGAGCCGGGAGGGGGCUCUCGAGGCGACCCCCGAGAUCUUCGGGGACUCCUGGCGCCUCAGCCCCCUCUGCCCCGAGGCCGACGGGCACCGCCAGCACCCCUGCGACGACAGCCCGCAGCGCGCAGCCUGGGCGCGGGGGCGCUGCGGGGUCCUGCGGCACCAGCUCUUUGCCCCCUGCCACGACCUGGUGCCCCCCCAGCGCUUCUACGAGUGGUGCCUGUUCGACGCCUGCGGGUGUGACAGCGGAGGGGACUGCGAGUGUCUGUGCACGGCCCUGGCCGCCUACGCCGAGGAGUGCGGCCGUCGGGGGAGACCCCUGCGCUGGCGGAGCCAGGGGCUGUGCCCGCUGCAGUGCGAGGGGGGGCAGGAGUACAACCCCUGCGGCCCCCCCUGCCCCCCCACCUGCCGUGACCUCGGCCGGGACCCCCCCGAGCUCUGCGGGGCCCUGGGGUGUCUCGAGGGGUGCUUCUGCCCCCCCGGGAGGGUCCUGCACGACGGGAGCUGUGUGGAUCCCCCAUCCUGUCCCUGCUUCUGGGACGGGUUCGCCUUCCCGGCUGGAGCCACCGUGACCCAGGGCUGCAGCAACUGCACGUGUCUCGAGGGGCGCUGGCAGUGCCCCCCGACCCCGUCCCCAUGUCCCGCCGUCCCCGGCUGUGCCCCGUGGGAAUUCCGCUGCCGGGAGGGGGGUCUCUGCGUGCCGGGGGCCUGGCUCUGUGACAACGAGGACGACUGCGGUGACGGCUCGGACGAGCUGUGCGACCCGCCCUGCGCCCCCCACCAGCCCCGCUGCCCCGGCGGGCGCUGCCUGCCCUGGGGGGCCCGCUGUGACGGUGUCACCCACUGCCCCGACGGCUGGGACGAGGCGGGGUGUUCCCCGCAGCCCUGCGCCCCCCCCGAGUUCGCCUGUGCCGGGGGCCGCUGCCUCCCCCCCGCCCGCGUCUGCGACGGGCGGCUCGACUGUCCCCCCGGGGACCACUCGGACGAGGCGGGCUGUGCCCCCCGGUGCGGGCCGGGGCAGUUCAGGUGCGCGGGGGGCCGCUGUGUCCCCUUCCCCCACCGCUGCGACGGCCGCGACGACUGCGGGGACGGGAGCGACGAGCGCGGCUGCUCCUGCCCCGAGGGGCACCUGCCGUGCCCCGGGGGGGGCUGCCACCCCCCCGCCGCGCUCUGCGACGGCCGCCGCCACUGCCCCGACGGCGCCGACGAGGCCAAUUGUCCCGCGCGGGCCACCUGCGCCCCCGGCACCGUGCCCUGUCCCGACGGCUCGUGCGUGGCCGAGGUCGCCGUGUGCGACGGCGCUCGCGACUGUCGCGACGGCUGGGACGAGAGUCCGGCGGGGUGUGCGGUGGCCCUGCCCCCCGCGCCGCUGGCACCUGGCACCGCUGGAACCGCUGGCACCGCCACUGGCACCGCUGGCACUGUCAUCCUGGCUACCAGCGCCACCGACACAGCUACUGUCACCACCGCUGUCGCCGACAUUGGCACGGUCACCGACACUAUCACCAGCACUGCCAACGCCUCGGCAGUGGCUGUAGGGGAGUGGGUGGUCCCCGUGGGUGGGUGGUCCCGGCGGCCGUGCUCCCCCGACCCCGUGUCCCCCUCCCCAGCGCCCUGUGCCCCCCGGUCCCUGCGCUGUGACAGCGGCGGGUGUGUCCCGCGGGGGUGGCGCUGCGACGGCGACAGCGACUGUCCCGACGGCAGCGACGAGGGGGGCUGCGACCCCCCCUGCGCCCCCGGACACCUGCCCUGCGACCCCCCCUGCGACCCCGGACACGGCCCCUGCGCCCCCGCCUGCGUCCCCCCCCGCCACCUCUGCGACGGCGUCUCCCACUGUCGCGACAGCGCCGACGAGAGCCCUCAGCUGUGCGAGCCCCGCGGUCCCGGGAGCAGCCCGGGGGGUCCUUGCGCCGAGUUCGACUGCGGGGGGGACGAAUGUGUCACCUUCCAGCAGGUGUGUGACGGGGUGCGGGACUGUAGCUCGGGGACGGACGAGCGGGGGUGCGGCCUGUGGGGUCCCUGGGGCCCCUGGGGGUCCUGCAGCCGCCCCUGCGGGCCCGGGGUGCAGCGCCGGGCCCGGGGGUGUCACCAGGGUCACCCCGGGCUGCUGCGGGGGUGCCGGGGGCCGCGCGAGCAGGAGAGACCCUGCUUCCACCGGGCCUGCCCAGUGGACGGCGAGUGGGGCCCGUGGGGACCCUGGUCCGACUGCCCGGGGGACUGCGGGGGGGUCCGGCUGCGCAGGAGGGGGUGUCGGCCCCCCCAGAACGGCGGCCGAGCCUGCGAGGAUCUGCCCGGGGGGGCCCCCGGAGCCCUGGAGAUGGCCCCCUGCUCCCCGGGGGGGUGCCCCAACGCCUCGGAGUGCGAGGGGGGGCUGCGCCCCCUCCCCUGCGCCCCCUGCCCCGCCUCCUGCGCCGACCUGGCCGCCGCCGUCACCUGCCCGCGCCCCCCGCCCUGCCGCCCAGGGUGCUGGUGCCCGGCGGGGCGGGUGCUGGACGCCCCCGAGCCCGGCGCGGGGCCCACCCGGUGCGUGUGGCCGCGGGAGUGCCCGUGCCGGGCCGGGGGGCGCGCGUACCCCCCGGGGGUCCCGGUGCCCCUCGGCUGCCGCCUCUGCACCUGCCUCGAGGGGCGCCUGCGGCACUGCCGCCCCCUCCCCGGCUGCUCAGUGGACUGCGGGUGGUCGUCGUGGUCGCCGUGGGGCGCGUGCGCGGGCACCUGCGGGACCCCCGGCGUGCAGUGGUCGUUCCGCAGCCCCUCGAACCCCCCCCGGCGCGGGGGGGGCCGGCACUGCCGCGGCAUCUACCGCAAGGCCCGACGGUGCCACACGGGGCCGUGCCGGCGGUGCCACGAGCGGGGCCGGUGGCGCGUCCCCGGCGAGCGCUGGCGGGGGGGCCCCUGCCAGCUGUGCCAGUGCCUGCCCGGCGGGGGGGUCCACUGUGUCCCCUACUGCCCCCUCCGCGACACCGGCUGUCCCCGGGGCCGCGUGCUGCGGGAAGGUGACGGCGGGUCCUGCUGCUCCUGCGCCCCCGCGGGUGACAACGCGACCUCCCCGGGCACCCCCCCCGCGGUGACGGCAGCGCUGUCCCCCCCCCCACCGGCCGAACCCCCCGGCAGCCCCAGCCCUACGGCCGCUCCCGGGGAGCCGCCGUCCGGGACCCCCGAAAGUGCCGAGACCCACCCGGAGCCCCCCAGCGCAGCCGGGGACACCCCCGGAACCGUGACCCUCCCCGAGGAGACACCGAGAGCCCCCGGGAGUGCCACGACCUCCCCCGAGCCCCCCCAGCUCCGGGCGCUGCCCUCACCGGCUCCCACGGGAGUCCCCACCGAGACCCCCGCAGGCUGCGCCCCCCCGCCCUGGGGAGGGUGGGGGUCCUGCAGCCGCUCCUGCGGGGUGGGGGUCGCCCUGCGACGCCGGGGGGGGACCCCACCCGGGGGGAGCUGCGCUCACCCCCCCAACAUCGACACCCGCGUCUGCUUCCUGCGAGCCUGCCCAGUUGCGGGCGGGUGGGCGCCCUGGGGGUACUGGACCCCCUGCGACGCCCCGUGCGGGGGGGGGCAGCGGAGCCGCCGCCGCAGCUGCAGCGACCCCCCCCCGAAAAACGGAGGGCGGCCGUGCGAGGGGGGGGCCCUGCAGAGCCGACCCUGCAACCUGCGGCCCUGUGGGGACGGCCCAGCCUGCCCCCCCCAGAUGCUGCUGGUGCCCCCGGGGGGGUGUGAGGAUUUGGGGGUCCCCCCCUGCCCGCCCACCUGCGCGGACCCGAGUGGGAACAGCUCGUGCCCAGGGGCCUGUGAGGAAGGCUGUCGGUGCCCACCCGGGCUGGUGCUGUGGGGGCGCGACUGCGUCGAGCCCGGCGCGUGUGGGGGACCCGCGGGGGUGUUGGGGCUCCCCGCGAGUCGGACCCCCCCUGAACCCUGUGGGUGGUCGCGCUGGACCCCCUGGACCCGCUGCGACUGCGGCACCGGGACCCGGCAGCGCUUCAGGUCUCCCACCAACCCCGCGGCCGUGCCCGGCGGUGCCCCCUGCGCCGGGACCCCCCGGGAGGUUCGGGGCUGCCCCGAGCCCUGCGGUCCCGAGCCCGGGAGCGCGGGGGCACCCGGGGGCACCGCGGCGCCGUGGGGCACGGGGCUGACGUGGGGCACAGAGACCCCCGAGUCACCGUGGGUAGCGGGGUCUCCGUGGGCCCCGGACUCGCCGGGGGGGUCACCGUGGGGCACGGAAUCCCCCUGGAUCCCGGAGUCGUCGGAACUGCCGGGGGUCACGGACUCACCGGGGGUCCCGGAGUCCCCGGAGCCGGGGGUCCCAGAGUCUCUGGGGGUCCUGGAGCCCUCGGAGUCCCCAGAGCCCACGGACUCCCCGCGUGGCCGCUGGUCGCCGUGGGGCACAGAAUCUCCUCAGUCCCCGGGGGUGCCGCCCCCCCCCCGUGGCCGGUGGUCGCCGUGGGGCCCCUGGAGCGGCUGCAGUGUCCCCUGCGGGGGGGGCGAGCGCUGGCGCCGCCGGGGCUGUGAAGCCCCCCCGUGCCCGGGGCCGGCGCUGCAGAGCCAGAGCUGCCACAGCCACGUGUGUCGCGAGGCCGGGUGCCCCCCCGGCCGGACGUUCCGCGAGUGCGGGGGGGAUUCCGGGUGCCCCCGGAGCUGCGCCCACCUGGGCGGGGCCGUGGGGUGCGCGGGGGGGUGUCAGGAGGGGUGUCACUGCCCCCCCGGCACCUUCCUGCACCACCGCACCUGCCUGCAGCCCCAGCAGUGCCCCUGCUCGGUGCCCGCCGCGCUGCUGCGGGGGGGGGACCCUGGGACCCCCACCGGGACCCCCCCCGGCCCGGAGCCCUCUGGGACCCCCCCUGGGGACCCCCCGAUCCUGGAGCUGCCGCCGGGCGGGACCGUCCACGUGGGCUGUGCCCGCUGCACCUGCCUGGGGGGCCGCCUGCGCUGUGCCCCCCCCGGGAGCCCCCCCUGCACCGGGACCCCCACAGAGAGUCCGACCUGCCUGAGCCCCCCCUGCGCCGCGGAGCCCGGCACCACGGGGGAUCUCGGCCCCACGGGGGAUCUCGGCCCCACAGCAGCUCUCAGCCCCACAGCUCUCAGCCUCACGUGGGAUCUCAGCCCCACGUGGGAUCUCAGCCCCACAGCUCUCAGCCCCACAGCCCCAGGGCCCGGGGGUGAGGAGGAGGCCGGGGGGCCCGCGGGGGUCCCGGCGGGGCCGUGGGGGCCGUGGGGGCCGUGGGGUCCCUGCUCCCACACCUGCACCCGCCCCGAGACCCCCGCGAGCCGGAGCCGCCGCCGGGACUGCGGGGGGGGGCACUGCGGGGAGGGGGGCAGCACCCAGAGCAGACCCUGCAACCUGCCCCUCUGCCAAGGUGGGUCUGGGGGGCCGGGGGGAUAUGGGGGUCUGGAGAAUCUAUGGCCCCCCCCUGCGUGGCCCCCCCCCUGCCCGUGCCAGUGGACCCCCUGGGGGCCCUGGGGGUCCUGCUCGCGGCCCUGCGGGGGGGGGCAGCAGCGGCGGCUCCGGGCCUUCACCCCCCCCAGCCCGGGGGGCUCCUGGUGCCCCCAGAUCCGGGGGGGCCACGAGCAGCGGCGCCCGUGUGGGGUGACGGCGUGUCGGGUGGACGGCGCGUGGUCCCCGUGGGGUCCCUGGUCGCGCUGUGACGUCACGUGCGGGGGGGGCCGCUCCGUCCGCAGCCGCUCCUGCUCCCGACCCCCCCCCAAAAACGGGGGGAGCCCCUGCCCCGGGGGGGGACACGAGCUGCGGGUCUGCAACCCCCGACCCUGCGGCCCGCGGUGCCCCCCCGGGCAGACCCUGUCCCCCUGUGCCACCCAGUGCCCACGGAGCUGCCGGGACCUGCAGGAGGGGGUGUCCUGCGGGGGGGGCCCCCCCUGCGAGCCCGGCUGCCGCUGCCCCCCCGGGACCCUGGAGCAGGACGGGGGGUGCGUCCCCCCCGCGCUGUGCGAGUGCCUGGACGCGGGGGGGCACCUUUGGGUGCCGGGGGGCGGGGGGCACCCCCGGGGGUGCCAGAACUGCACCUGUGCGGGGGGGCGGCUGCGCUGCACCCCCGGGGGGUGUCCCCCCCCCACUCCCACCCCCGGGAGCCCCCCCGGGACCGCCCCCUGCGCCUGGAGCCGCUGGAGCCAGUGGGGCCCCUGCAGUGUCACCUGCGGGGGGGGGCGGCAGGAGCGGUACCGGACCCCCAUCCCACCAGAGAGCGGGGGGAGACCCUGCGGGCCCCCCCAGGAGGAGAGUCGGGGGUGCGAGGAGACCCCCUGCCCCCCCCUGUGCCCCUGGGGGGGGGGCGAGCGGGGGCUGGGCGAGUACUGGACCCCCGGCCCCUGCCGGCAGUGCACCUGCACCCCCGAGGGACCCCAGUGCUGGGACACCCCGUGUGCGGCCGAGCCCUGUGACUGGAGUCCUUGGGGGCCCUGGGGACCCUGCGGAGACCCCUGUGGGGGGGGGUCCCGCCUGCGCCACCGGCACCCCCUGAACCCCGAGACCCCCGGGCGGGCGUGUGGGGGGAUCCGGACCCAGAGCGAGAGCUGCAACACCACUGCCUGUGCCGGGCCGGGCUGCGGGGGGGGCCGGACCCGCAGUGCCUGUGCCGGGCGGUGCCCCCGGAGCUGCGCUGACACCUGGGCACAGGUGCUGUGUCUGCAGGGCCCCUGCGAGCCAGGGUGCCGGUGCCCCCCCGGGCAGCUGCUGCAGGACGGUCACUGCGUCCCCCUGGGCCGGUGCCGCUGCGGGACCCCCGGGGGGGGCAACGGGAGCAGAGAGGUGCCCCCGGGGGGGGCGACCCAGAUCGGGUGUCACAACUGCACCUGCGGGAACGGGACCCUCACGUGCCCGGCGCUGGCGUGUCCCUCCCCGGGGCCCGCCACCCCCGCGAGCCCCCUGUCCCCCGCGGCCCCUGUGACCCCCGUGUCCCCCUGGUCCCCGGAGUCUUCCGUGUCCGCUCUGUCCCCCUCGUCGCCCCUGUCCCCUACGACCCCCACGUCCCCCCUUUUUGCCCCCGCGUCCCCCUGGUCCCACUCACCCUCCGCGUCCUCCGUGUCCCCCGUGUCCCCCCUGUCCCCCGUGUCCCCCCCGUCCCCCGCCGGGUCCCCCUGGUCCCCCUGGUCCCGCUGCUCCCGCACUUGUGGCGGUGGCACCCGGACACGGCACCGGCAGUGCCGGGAGGGCCCCGAGGGGGGGUCCCCGUGCGGGGAGACCCCCGGGGAGGAGACGGCGGAGUGUAACCCCCAACCCUGUGCCGGCUGCCCCCCGGGUGAGGUCUGGCUGGACCCCGGCCCCGCCUGCGAGCGCAGCUGCCACGACCUGGCGGAGCCCCCCGGCACCUGUGGUGGGACCCCCGGCACCCCCGGGACCCCUGGAACUCCCGGCAUCCCCGGCACCUCGAGCACCCCCGGGACCCCCGCGACUCCCGGGACCCUCCCGUCCCCCGCCCCGCGCUGCUCCUGCGGCCCCGGGCGGUACCGGAACGAGUCCGGGCAGUGCGUGAGCGCGGGGGGCUGCGGGUGCCGCCACCGCGGCGGAGUGCGAGCGGCCGACAGCGAGUGGCAGGAGCAGUGCGGGACCUGCCGCUGCGCCGAGGGACGUGUCACCUGUGCCACCACCUGUCCCGCGCUCACCUGCCCGGAGGGCACGGAGCCGGUGCGGGAGCCCGGGAGCUGCUGCCCCGUGUGCCGGGACGAGUGGCCAGAGGAGCCCCCCGGGCCGUGCCGGCUCCUCACGGCUCUCCGGACCAUCGCCAAAGGCGCGUGUGUCCUGCGGGGCGUCCGCGUCACCUACUGCGCGGGGGGGUGUCGGUCCCGCACCGCCGUCAGCGCUCAGGAGCCGUACGUGCGGUCGCUGUGCGAGUGCUGCAGUUACCGCCUGGACCCCGCCCGGCCCGUGCGCCCCCUCCUCCUGCCCUGCCCCCGCGGCCGCCCCCGGCCCGCGCUGCUGCCCCGUAUCGCCCAGUGCCACUGCGAGCCCUGCCGGGGAGGGGACUUCACCCGGCGCUGA